AUGCCUCCCAAGUCCGGCAAGAAGGUCGCUGCCGCCCCUUUCCCUCAGGGUAAGGCUGGCAAGAAGGCCGCCAAGGUUAGUAAUCCCCGUCGCCUUUUGUUGAGAGAAAAGAUCGCUGACAAUCCAAAGAACCCCCUUCUCGAGAAGCGACCCCGCAACUUCGGCAUCGGCCAGGACAUCCAGCCCAAGCGAAAUGUCUCCCGCAUGGUCAAGUGGCCCGAGUAUGUCCGCCUCCAGCGACAGAAGAAGAUCCUUCAGAUGCGCCUGAAGGUUCCCCCGGCUCUCGCUCAGUUCCAGCACGUCCUCGACCGCAACACUGCUGCCCAGGCUUUCAAGCUCCUCAACAAGUACCGACCUGAGACCAAGGCCGAGAAGAAGGAGCGUCUCCUCCAGGAGGCUACCGCCGUCAAGGAGGGCAAGAAGAAGGAGGAUGUCUCCAAGAAGCCCUACACCGUCAAGUACGGUCUCAACCACGUUGUCGGCCUGAUUGAGAACAAGAAGGCUUCUCUCGUCCUCAUCCCCAACGACGUCGAGCCCAUUGAGCUCGUUGUCUUCCUUCCUUCCCUUUGCAAGAAGAUGGGUAUCCCCUACGCCAUUGUCAAGGGCAAGGCCCGUCUCGGAACGGUCGUCCACAAGAAGACCGCUGCUGUCCUCGCCAUCACUGAGGUCCGCUCCGAGGACAAGAACGAGCUCUCCAAGCUCGUCUCCGCUGUCAAGGAUGGUUACCUCGAGAAGCACGACCAGGCCCGCCGACAAUGGGGUGGUGGUAUCAUGGGUGCCAAGGCUCAGAUGAAGAUCAUCAAGAAGCAGAAGGCUCUCGAGGCUGCUACCAAGAUCUAA